AUGUUCCUCAGUGCAAUCCCAAGUACAAGCUUCAGUGAUCACGUGCCUGGAGCGGUGCAGAGCACGUUACGGGAGUUCGACGACAGUGGACCACCAACUUCAGAGACGAGAGUGGACCACCAACCAAUCGAGUCGCAGCCGGAGACCCCGGCAACAGACAAAAUGUACAAGUGCCAUGUGUGUUCACUCGAAUUCCAGCAAUGGGUCGAGCUGAGGGCUCAUCGGCAGAUUCACAAUGCCGAGAAGCCCUAUAAGUGCAACUCGUGCCCUUACAGGGCGGCCGAGAAGAGUGACCUGAUGACCCACGUUUGCACGGGUGAGAAGCCCUUCAUGUGCAAACACUGCCUGUACAGGUUCAAGAAGAGGUGCCAACUGGAGUCACACAUGCGGACGCACACUGGCAAGAAGCCCUUCAAGUGCGAACACUGCUCGUACAAGUGCGCAAGGAAGAGCAUGCUGGAUUCGCACAUGCUCACACACUGGCAAGAAGCCCUUCAUGUGUGA